AUGGUCAAACUACGCAAGGAUCCAACAUAUAAAAUGAGUUAUGUUGAUGCUCUACAAUUAGCUGAUAAAACAGCAAAACAAUAUCAAAUUUCACUUGGUAGUGAUACAUUACCACGUUUAAUUUUACGUAAUUUAGCUGUACCAAAUCGAAAUCCAUCGAAUAAUAUACAACAAAUAUCACAUUUAAUAGACGAUCAACGAAGCCCAGCUAUUACCUAUACAGGUCGAAUCAUUGUCAGUUUAUUUGAUCAAUGUGUUCGAAUUGAAGCACGUAAUCAUGCAUUGCAAAAACCAAAAGAUAUUAUUAUUGAACAUAAUCUCAAUGAAAAUGAAACAAAUUUACAACAACUUCUUGAGCGCAUAACACGAUAUGGUAAAGAUCGAAAUGUACAAUUGCUACAAUUGAUUGAUCUAAAUCUAUUAUCCUCCCAAAGUGCCUAUGAUGAAAAGAAAAUAUUUGAAACAUUGAAAGAACGUUAUGAUGAAUAUGCUGCAUACAAUCGUUCCUUGAUUGUCUACGAUUUAGAUUCAUUAAUUGGUGUUAAUAAAAGUGAAUCAGAAAGUUCAAUGGGUCGAUCUUCAAAUUUUUCUGUUGUCAAUCAAAAUAUUUAUACAUAUGUUCGAGCAAGAUUUCGUGAAGCUGUCAUUGAAACAACAGUGUCAUCUAAUGAUGCCCAACGUGUUGAAAAAUGGGCUAUUGCAGUUACACGUGAACAAUUUUUACUGCGUCAAUUUUGUGCUGAUGUAGGUUUUACUCGAACGAAACAAGAAGAAGAUGAAAUGGAAGAUGAACGACGAAAAAGUGAAGAUUUUAUUCAAUGUGUCAAAUGUCGAGAUUUUUAUAUUGAAAAUGAAAAUAAAAUGGGCUCUUGUACUCAUCAUGAUGGCUUCAUUUAUGAUAAUGCAUCUGCUGACUUGGCCUAUUACAGUCUAGCCGAAGCAACGCUAUAUUUAAGCAAAAUUGAGUCAGAAGCUAUUAAUGAUUCUGAUCGACGAGAAGCACUAGAACGAGAAAAAAAUAAAUUUAAAUGGAUAUGUUGUGGUGCUAUUCUGCAAUCUGGUGCUGCAUCGACAGGCGGAUGUAAAAAGGGCAAACAUGGUUUCAUUGAUGAAAAUCGACGAUCACAACAACAACGAAAUCAACGUCAACCCAUGCAACGAUUAGACCAAGAUAUAAUAUUAGAAUGGGAAACAGCUUGCCGACAAGUAUACAAUGACCAAUGGAUUGAACUAAUGAGAUAUCGAAGUUAA